UCCUUGGAGGACUGAUUUUGUGUGAAAUGAAUUAUUACUUCUGGAGAUUCAAGUGAGGAGUACUUUGUGCCAUGACACUACAGCUCUGUGGACUGAAGUUAGCGGUAUCUUGAGAGCUGGUGACUCCAUGUAGAUGACACCAGGACCUGGAAAAGGCUAAGGACACGCCCACCCAUAAUUUUAUCCAUUUAAAUGCUUCCUUGCAGACAUGCAGCAGCUAUUAGAGAAAAAACAUGUUCUUCCUGAGCAGCUGGAAUGGAAUGGCAGUCCAGAUCAGAAGGAUUCAGAGCCUCUAAAGAGUAAAGAGACACAGGAGGAACUUUGGGUAAGUCAGGAGGGAAAGCAGCUUCUUGGACUGGAAGAGGCUGACAUCACUAAGUUCCCUUUCACUGUUGUCUCUGUGAAGAGUAAGGAUGAAGAUAAACCACAGUCAUCACAGCUUCAACAAACCCAGAAAGACGAGAGCACAGAAGUGGAGCUUCUCACCAGCAACUCAACUAAACCUGGAACACUGAAAACAGAAGCUGAUGGAGAUGACUGUAGAGGGUCAGAACCAGCCAGAGACUCAGGUCCAUGCAGUCAUCUACAACCACAUCCUGAUGACAUGCAGCAGUUGUUGCCAGUUAAAGAACAACAAAUUUUCCAUGAAUACCAGGAGUGGAAACUGAAUGUUGACGAGGAGGACAUUAAAGAGGAACAAGACAAACUAUGUAUCAGUCAGCAGGGACAGCAGUUUCAGCAGGAGACUGAUGAAAAACCGCAGUCAUCACAGGUUCAUCAAGGCCAAAGUGACAAGAGCACAGAGGCUGAGUCUGCAGCCAGUGGCUUGACUGCACACAGAACACUGACAGCACAGGCUGAAGCAGAGGACAAUGGAGGGCCACAACCAGCCAACUCGGGUCCAAACAGUCAUUUACAACCAGAUACCAAUGACAGGAGUUCAGACAGUUCUGAUUGUGAGACUGACAACAGUUGUGAACGGAAGCAGACCAGAGAACUUCAUUCAGGUUUUAACUGCCAGGCAAAUAACAGUGUCUCAAAACGACAAAGAAGAAGGCAAGCAAGUGAAAAACCAUUUGACUGUUCGGAAUGUGGUAAAACAUUUGGACAUAAGAGCAAUCUGCUCAAACACAUAAGAAUUCAUAAAGGGGAGAAACCUUUUGACUGUUCUGAUUGUGGGAAAAGAUUUGGAUAUAAGGAUGAUUUGAACAAACACAUGAGAGUUCAUAAUGGAGAGAAACCAUUUGACUGUUCUGAUUGUGGGAAAAGAUUUGCACUUAAAGGGAAUCUAAUAACACACAUGAGAAUUCAUACAGGAGAGAAACCAUUUGACUGUUCUGAUUGUGGUAAAAGAUUUGGACAGAAGGGGGGUCUGAUUAUACACAUGAGAAUUCAUACAGGAGAGAAACCUUUUGACUGUUCUGAUUGUGGUAAACGUUUUGGACUUAAGGCAAAUCUAAUAUCACACAUGAGAAUUCAUACAGGAGAGAAACCAUUCAGCUGUUCUGAUUGUGGAAAAUGGUUUAAACACAAGGCCAGUCUGAUCUCACACAUAAGGAUUCAUACGGGUCAGAAACCAUUCAGCUGUUCUGAUUGUGGUAAAAGAUUUAGACACAGAGGCAGUCUGAACACACACAUGAUGAUUCAUACGGGCCAGAAACCGUUUUUGUGUUUUGAGUGUGGUAAAAGAUUUGGACAAAAGGCCAAACUGAUCAGACACAUGAAAAUUCAUACAGAAAAUGAACCGUUUCGCUCUUAGACGUACGUACUUUGCAUCCAGAAAGUAUUCACAGCAUUUCACUUUUUCUGCAUUUUAUGUUACAGCCUUAUUCAAAAAUGGAUGAAAUUCAUUUUGUUUCUUAACAUUCUACACCCAAUACCCCAUAAUGGUGAUGUGAAUCAAGUUUUUGUUUUCGCAAACUUAUGUACGUAAGUAUUCACAGCCUUUGCCAUGAUAAUCAAAAUUGAGCUCAGAUACAUCAUGUUACCACUGAUCAUCCAUGGGAUGUUUCUACAGCUUAAUUGGAGUCCACCUAGAGUAAGUCUUAGUCAGCUUUAUUGUCAUUUCUACAAUACAUCACAGACAUAUUGAGAACUGAAAUACCUGAUCUCUGG